AUGGUUAUUAAUUUUUUUUUUUUUUUAAUUUUCUGAUGAAACAGCAAUUUUUGUUUAGAAAAUAUAUUAAUAAAUAAUCGUUAUAAGUUUUCUAUACGAUAUUGUCUUUAAAAUAAUAAAAGUAACUACUUUUUUAAUAAAAACACUAUGUUGUUUGGGGAAAUUGUAGAACCAUCUACAAGGGCUUUUAUACUGGAAGAGGAUCUGGAUGCAUUACCUGAAUAUAAGGGGCCAGUUUUUCAGUGGGAUGGUGACUCAAAGGCUCCUGAAACCAUAAGUAAGCUAAUUUUUGCUGAUUCACCCAAAGUCCUUCAGAUUUGCCAAAAUAUCACGAAAUCUGGUAAAACAAUAGCAGAAAUAAAAGAUGAAGGAAUUUUAAUAUGCAAAUCUGGAGAUAACUACUUAGUUUUAUAUAAGGGUGUUUCCAAAAAUGCAGUUAUUGGUGAAAUCGUUGAUGUUUUAACACCUUGGAUAAAAGCAGCUAAGGAAGUGCACUGUAUAACCACUGCCCUCACAUCAAGCUUUCAACCAUCGGAAUGUAUAGACACCUCAACAGUUACAUUUACAAAGUGUUUGACUAACUUAGAAAGUGUCCCAUUUAAUUUUUGCGACCGUUUACAAGCUCCAAACCUAGUAAAUGGUUUUGGUGCCAACGUCUUAUCUUACUGCGUACACAACGCUCUCAAAGCAAGUUUGUGGAUAAUAUAUUCAGAUAACUUACCAUUGGACUCUCUUAAUGGAGCAGAACUUGUUCGAUUGUUUAAAAGCUUAGGGUUUUUUGUUAAUGCUGAUUUUAAAGUUGAUAGUUCAUCUAGUAAUUUGUACAUGUAAACAAAUAUACGUAUUUACGUUA